GAAGCACUCUGGUGGAAGUGGAAGAAAACGGAACUAUAUAGUCGUCUGCUUGAUGUCUCAAAAGUUACAAAUUAAAAGCAAAAUCUCAAAAUCUCGUACAAAGUAUUUGAUUUAUACAGGAAAAUUUUAGACUGUCUGAAAUUUAAUCAGUAAAUACAUAUCAUUCUUGAAAUUGUACCAUCUAUCGUGUAUGUGAAUCUAUGUCAUUCGAUACCGAUUAAAUAACUUGGAUCAAUUCUUUCUCAAUAUGAAGACUGAAGCAAAAAUUUGCUUGCAAAAUUAGAUAACUGAUCUGAAAUCAAAAAACUUUCUGACUGACGCAACUGAUUUGGUAGCUUUCUAUAGAAUUAGGGAAGAGAUGUAUGAUGGUGUUGAUCAUAAGCUUCUGAGAGUUGGUCAUGUAGCUUUGGAGGUUCAAAGAUUCAAUGGGCAGUUAUUGCUUGUAUGGGGUGGUUACAUGCAAAACCCUACUGAAAACACAGUUGAACAAAAAUACCAUGAUCCAAGUGAAAUCCUAUUGUUUGAUCCUGUGAUUGCAAAAUGGACAACAGAAUCAACCAAGGGUCACAUACCUCCUGCAAAUUCUGGUGCUUGUGGAGUUGUUGUUGGGGAUCUUUUGUUCAUUUAUGGAGGAUAUUUUGGAGACCCUGAUCUUGAAGGAAAUAGUAAUAAUAUUUAUCAGCUCAAUCUGUUUACCUGGAUUUGGACAAGGCUAGAACCUGAUUCAACAAGAUGCAAACCACUUCAUCGCGACAAGCUAAUUGGUUGGGCUUACAAUAACAAGGUUUUCUUUUUUGGAGGAUUUGGUACCCCUCCUGCGGACGGUGAUCGCAAUGCUGAUCAAUACGAAUACGUUCCUGAUAGAAGCCAUCAGUGGUAUAUGGGAAGAGGAUGGAAUAAUCAGUUAAUUGCAUACAAUAUUGACGGCAACAAAUGGGAGAGGCCAGAAACGAAUGGACAGACUCCUAGUCCUCGUGCAGCUUUAGCUGGAUUUCAAUGCCGAUCUCGUGUCUAUGUAUUCGGCGGGAGACUUCAAGGAGCACGGUUAAAUGAUUUGUACGUUCUAGACUUAAUGUCUAUGUCGUGGAGCGAAAAUUUAAAUACAGGCAAGUUCUUCCCGUGUGGUCGAUCGUGGCAUUCUUUCACGUAUAUUGGAUCAUCUAAAGCAAUUUUAUACGGUGGUCUGUCAGCGGAAGGAGAAGUAAUGGGAGAUUGUUGGAUAUACGAUAUAGAUCGCAAUUGUUGGACGGAAAUGCCUUUAAAGGUAUCCGAUAAACGACUGUGGCACCAAAGUGUUAAAAUCGAUAGCGAUUGGAUCGUCAUAGGAGGAGUUAGGAAUAACAUACACAACAACCAGCAAGACGGCACAGUCUUACAGAUAUAUGCUGAUAAUCUGUUGUCGGUGUCUGUCACUCCUAAAACUCUUCUAAGAUGCUGUGUGGAAUUUAUUGCUGGAUACUUUGAUAACGACAGGCUAAUUGUUUCUCUGCUACCGAAACAUUUACAAGAAUUGAUCAAGGCUCGAAGUCAGAAUUCGGAGUUCGCAAAUAUUUUGAAAACUAAUAGUUAAAAUUUGCUUCAGUGUCAUGAAUAAACGUUCUUUUUUUCCCUU